AUGAACAUCAAAUGGUAUGUUGGAGUUGUCCACUUUAUCAGCGUUACACCAUCACGCGAAUUUAAGUUCGCCAAGUACACCCCAAUUGAAGAUGUGUGUGAAAUAUUGCAAAAACUUGUACCUUAUGACGACAAUCGCAAAGUUGUGAAGAUCGAGUACCGCUCGCCAUCUGUUGACAAAUAUGGGAAGCUUGUGUUCAUCAACCGUGAGCUCAAGAACGACGCUGAUAUACAAGCUAUGUGGAAUACUUUUACCAGUUUUGAGGAGAAAGUUUCGAUCGAGCUAGAUGUGACUAUUUCAAGAUCGGUCGAUGAUAUUAUCAUGAUGUUUCAACAUCUACGUGGACGUUGA